AUGUGGAUAUUUCAAGAGUGUUUCCGGCCGAAGUGGCCUCUCUUCGGAAAUUGCCAACUGACCAGAACAGCUGAAUCAAUCGGCAGCUUUACGAUUAGUGGCUCUGGGAGUCAGACGCCCUCAAAUCGACUUUAUUUGUCGCCCGAUCGCCCCACGAUGCAGGACAAACGGAGGCUUCUGCGGGAGUACAGAUCCUACGAUGACCUCAGCGAGCACUACCGCAUGUUCGGAUCGCAGUCCCUGGACUCCCUGCAGGAUCGCGUGGACAUGAAUCCCAGUGGCUGCGAUGGCUUAUCCACGGACGGACUCGACUUCUGCUCGCAGUCCCAUUCGGGGCUGCUGAGGGAGCACAAUUUCAAGAUUAAGUCCUACUACUACAAUGUGGGGAACUGCGUCCACUGCCGCAAAAGGAUCCGCUUCGCCACGGCCAGCCUGCGGUGUCGGGCGUGUCCGCUCCGCUGCCACAUUGGUUGCUGCCGCCAGCUGACCGUGAACUGCAUCCCCCAGCCCCAAAUCCGCACGAAGCGAGGAUGUCUCAGCGAUUAUGCGCCUCGAGUGGCGCCCAUGGUGCCGGCCUUAAUUGUCCAUUGUGUAACGGAGAUCGAGGCGCGGGGAUUGCAGCAGGAGGGACUCUACCGGGUGUCCUCGACCCGGGAGAAAUGCAAGCGACUGCGUCGGAAGCUGCUGCGUGGCAAGUCCACUCCGCAUUUGGGCAAUAAAGACACCCACACACUGUGCUGUUGUGUUAAGGACUUCCUUCGGCAGUUGGUUCACCCUCUGAUUCCCAUUUACCACCGAAGGGAUUUCGAGGAGGCCACGCGUCACGAAGAUCGUCUGGGUGUGGAGAUGGCGGUAUAUCUAGCGGUUCUGGAGCUGCAUCAGGCUCACAGGGAUACGUUGGCUUACUUAAUGCUCCACUGGCAGAGAAUUUCCGAAAGUCCUGCUGUCCGCAUGACGGUCAACAAUCUAGCCGUGAUCUUCGCUCCAACUCUGUUCGGAGAUCUGGAUGUGACCCUCGAAAAUGUGGUCACUUGGCAGCGGGUGCUGAAGGUGCUACUUCUGAUGCCCGCCGGCUUUUGGUCUCAGUUUUUGGAGGUCCAUCCCCUACCCAGUUCUUUGGGCAGCACCUAUGACUUUGAGAACCGGUACAAUCAGCGCCACUGGGACAGCUCGUCCAAUCUGGGAUGGUCUUCUGUUAAGACCUACUUUAGAUCAAUGGUCAACCUUAGCAGUACUCACCUAUAGUGAAAGUCUUAUGACUGAGAUAUCGAGAAUGGAUGCAGUCACGAUUUGAAUGUUUCUAUUUUCUUUUUCAUUUUAUUUUAUAUAACUUUUAUUAUUCACUACAGUUAAAGAACUAAUAUAAAUUGGAUCUCUAACAUGUUGUGCGUGUGUUGUUGAAUUAUAUGUGGCUAACAAGAGUACUUGACUUCUCAAGUGCAAUCCUUGAUUU